CGCAAUUCAGAGAAUAACUGCCACUGUGGAAGUUGUGACUGUAUUGUCAAGCCAUAUUAACAUAAUCAUUUCAUAUAUUAACUUCAAACGGAGGAUGCAAGUACGUUUCAAUUAAUUGGACUGCCUACAGAACAUGGGAAUUAACUUGUCUUUUAUGUCAUGUUUUCAUAAACGUGACCUUAAAAUAUUAAUAACAGGAUUGGACGCUGCUGGCAAGACAACCCUACUGUACAGGCUACACACACAUCAAUUAAUCAGUACGAUUCCAACUAUAGGCUGGAAUGUUGAGGACAUUGAGUACAGAAGUGUAAGAAUGCAAGUAAUCGAGACUGGUGGCAGUGAAAAAUUAAGACCAUUAAUAUGUCACUAUUGGCCGGGUGUCGAUGCAGUCAUAUUUGUUGCGGAUAGCAUUGACAAGGAUACAUCUAGAAUAUCUGAAUUGAAAGCCUAUAUAAUGCACCAUAACGACGCUCAGGAACUUUGGGAUAAACCCUUCCUAAUUAUUGCUAACAAACAGGACCUCCCGAAUGCUAUGUCAAUGGAGGAGAUGACAACGAGGUUAGAUCUAAACAGAUUGCAACCAGGACACAAAUGGUACAUUGCUCCAGUAUCGUGUGUGACUGGCGAGGGUCUCGGUGCUGCAAUGGAUUGGUUGCUAAUAACGUUAGGACGAAUCAAACAAUCAGAAACGAUCACUCAACCAAUAAAUAAUGCAUUUGUGGACAUGAAUGAUACAUUUCCCCUAGAUGUCGAUGAUAAGGGACAACAAAAAUGGAGAUAUAUAUUGAGGGGAUGGAAUCGCUUGAAAAAUGUAUUUCCAUGAGCGGCUGUAGAUAUUCAAAAAGAACAUUGAAGAAGACAAAAUGAGCUAACGUAUUGAUCUGAAUGAGAAUCAGCCUUUCAGCAAAAUAUGUAAU